CCUAGAAACCAAUGUUAAAAGGAUAGUUUUGAAGUAACUUACGUGCAGUGUCCAUUUUAUUUAUUUAUUUAUUUGCUAAUACAAUUAGUUUAAGUUGUUUCUGCUCUCUGGUCGAAACGAAAGCAUUCUUGUGCACGUGACCAAACACUGACUAUGGAGCAAGGGAGACACCGUUUAAGAUCCACCUCUACUUAAGUAGCGAGGGUCCAAAUGCUGCUCGUAUCAUAAGAAGCGGCUCUCUUCUGCGCGAUUAGCAGAGUAACCAGCGAGGCUUUCCUCCCACCUUCAACUCAACAGGCUACCGUAAUUAACGAGCUGAAGAUGGAUGAUUUGACGACGUUGGCCAGCGGGCAAAACGCAACUUUGGUGGUUUUCAGCUUCCUCCAAGCGGAUUGUAGUAACGAGCAAUACAAUAAAGCCGUUUGCUCCUUGGGCAGAGAGCUCGAAGAAGCUUGGAUUUGUGACGAAGAGAACGGAGAUAUCGAAUGUGACGGCAGCAACCAGCCUGACGACUUCGCGGGGUCCAUUGGUGACAUGCAGCCAUCACUAGAACUUUACUGGCCUGGUGGUCAAGUCGAAGCGAGAGCCCUGCAGGAGGUUGCGGCUCACCUGAGGGAAAUCGCCGCCCAAUUUGAGCGCAGUGUUGUGGAUCAGGCCGCUCGAAACCUGCACACGAAUGUCAUGUCUUCACCCAGUGAAGAAUGGCUGCGUCUGCUAAAAAGUGAGGUACAAAGGGCCAUGAUGCAGGGGGUGGGCCUAGAGCAGCUACCCGAAGAGAGGGUUAUCGUGGCCCUCGGCCUCGCAUUGGUGAAGAAAGUGUGCGAAUACACCCCCCGACUGCUCAAAGACCUCUUCAACACAACGCUGCAGUAUGUCAGACACCAGAGGAGAACGGUGACUUGAAUUAGUUGAGCCAAGGGGAAUAACGGUCAAAUGGGAUUUUGAGCCAUAUUACAAAAACUUGGAUCAGUGAGUCGUGGUUUUUGAACAUUAUUACCGGUAUUUUUCAAGCACAAGUUUGUGUAAAAGUCAUUUGUGCUCUUUUGAAGGUAUUUUUGUUCAUUGUCCUUGUUAAAAUAUUGUACUGUAUGCAUUGUUGCCUCUGCUUUGUGAAAUUGUCUUUUUUUUUUUUUUUUUUUUUUUUAGAAUCUUACAUAAAAAGUUUUGCUUUGUUUUCAAACACCCUGCUGGAGGAAAUUCAAGGUAUAACGUUACUUUUUACUGUGUAUUUAAGCAUUUCUCCUUUUGGUUGGUUGCUAAAUUAAAUGCAGAUGAUCAAAGAUCAGCCAACUGGAAAUCUUUUAGUUCAUAUCAGUGAUACUUUUCCAGACCUAUCCUGUGUAUGCAUAACACAAAGCAUCAAGGAACAUAUCGAUGGGAAAAUGUAUUUAAUCUGCAGCAAAUGUAUGCUUAAGUUCAUCUAUACAGUACUCAAAAAUGGGUUAAUAUUUUCAUGUGUAAUGCAGCAUUCCCAUUGCAACCAAUGAAUGAUUUUUAGGAUCCAUACUAAGUCAAAAAUAUAGGAAUAACAGCGGUAGUAUAAUUCCUAAUGACAAUUUAAACAUUUGUCAGGAGAAUCACAUGGCACAUGAAACUGCAGGAGGGGGGGCCCAAGAAAGGUCAUUUGAACAGACUAUAGGAGUGAAUUCAUUUCCCUUUUCUGUGCUUAAACAUUGAGCGGGUCGGAGGCCUCAGGUUUUAAAUGUGGCCUCAAAAUGGCAAAAACAUCUACAGCGUACUAAAUCUUUUGAUUUCUACCACAACAUUCUUUAAUCAAAUCCCCUGAGAAGGAAACAAGUUCAUCUAUUUUCUUCUGUAGCUGAUGACACCAUAAGCCAUCACAGCAGUGAGGAGCACCAGUGCAGCUCCACCAUAUAUCAGAGCUUGGAGCUCAGAUUCUGGUUCCGGCUGCACGGAAGGCUCCUCAGUGACUGCUUGUGCAUGGGUCUCCGGAACUAAUAUUUCAGCUGGUGGUGGUGGUGCCUCAGGUUCGUUCGGGGCUUCUGGUUCUUGCUGGGGAGGAACGGUUGCCAGCUCCGAUUGUGGUUCAGAAGACUCAGGCUUUGUGAUUUGGGCCUGCUUAGCUGGAGAUAGGGUUGCUGCCUCAUCAAGAACAGGAGCAAUGGCCCUUUCUGAUUCAGGCUCUGGUUCCAUUACAGUAACUGCUAAGGGAGCUGAAGGUUGAGGUUCAAGUGAAGGGAGAGCAGUAGCUUCUGGAACCGGAGGAGGACGCUCCGGUUCUAAAGAGAUGAGGGAAGGUUCCGUUGACAAGCUUAAAGGCGUUUCUAUCACAACAGGAUCCUCCAGUGAAAUCAGGGAGGCAUGUUCCUCCACGGUCACGGGAGCAAGAGCAAUCUGGCUUGUUAUCUCCUCCCUGAGCUGGGCAAGCUCACUCUCCGUUCCCAAAACGCUCAUCAUGCUCUCCUCUAUGGCGCCCCCUUCAGCGCCCUCCUCCAGCAUCUCUGCUUCCUCACGCUCCACGUGGACAAUGUCCGAGUUGGAAGAGUUGUUCUCGCUGCGCUCUUCGACCAGAGCGACGCCCUCAUUGCUGUCCAAGCUCUUGAUAUCUUCAGGGUCCAUCGCGCACACCUGCGCCCACGACUCGUGGCCGGCCAACGACACGGGUAAGCUCUCUGUCUGCCAGGAGCUGUGCCCGCUGCUGUUGUCGCCCGUGCACAGAAGAGAAGAAGGUGGACUCAACUGGUCUGGUGCUUGCUCCCCUGAAAGGAUGUAGAUGUCGUUGCUGUCUUCUGCGACGGCAACGCCUCGCUCUUCUUCCAAACAGAGGCCAAAUAUUUCACCCUGUGGACAACACAGACACACAAGUGUAUUGAGUUGAUAUUCUAAACAAAACUAUAAUGGCACUUAAACAUCUGCUAACGUCAUUGCAAUUUGUGCAAUGUAAUGAACCAAAAUCAGACACUUGGGUCAAAAAUUUAAUUUUUGAAUUCUUUGCUGUUGUGCUCUCCCAACUUCCCCAAAACUGCAAAGAUAUUUCAAAUCCGAUUAAUUUGUCAAAGUAAUUGCAUUUCUUCAAAUCUGAGGAAAUUCAAGAUCAUGAAAUCGGGAGAUAUUUACCAAAGAAGCCACGAGGCCAGUUUGCCCUUCAACUGUUUACAUAUUUCAAAAGUUAAUUUAAUGCUUAUUGACUCCCGUUCCUCCCGAUUACUUAGUUUAGUAUAAAAUAAUUGUGUAAUUCUGUUCACUAAAGUGCCAUAAAAAAUAACUAUCAAAAAUAGAGAUCAGACAACCCAUUCAUGCAAUACUGAUUUUCCUGAUCGGUUCACAGGAAGUUGAUGCCUGUCCCAGCUGAAGUAAAGUGGCAGGAAGUCUACAGUUUUUACAAUAAGUGUCCCUUGUAUUGGGGGGAGAAGGGGAUAACUAUGUCAUCCACCUGCUUCAUGCAACUGUGUGCCACCUAGUGGUAUUACACGUUCCAUAUCUGUGUCCUUGUGUUAUGUACACAAGACACAAUAUACAAUCAUGUGGGUUUACAUGUCUUAGCCAAAAGCAGUCAAGUGAUCAAACCACAAGGCCUAAAUGUCAUAUAAUCUCACAUAUACAAUUACAAAAUCGUAUUAGAAGUUUAAUAAGCUUUUUGAAGGGAAUGGUACAAGUAAAAAUGCUGAGACUAUGCUUGCUAUGUGCAAAGUCAUUCCCUUGUAUCAUUUUAUGACUGACUGACUCGUACGAGAAUAGCUUAAAGGUGGUAUUGGACAUUAAGUAAUAGUAAUCUUGAUUGCCAUCGGUUGCGCAAAGAAACUAAAUAUUCAAAUCACAAAUUUUUUUAGAACUACUAUGAAAAUCGAGAAUAUAAUGUAUAAACACACAAAAUGGCACACCUCAGGGCGUUAACAUUUUAGAACGAAUGAAGUCUGAUACACCCAAGUUCUUUUGUGCCAGAAUUAACUUACAGACUGUCCAGCCAAGAUGUCAGAACCCCAGAAAAGGCUGCAAGCCAAUAAAUCUUGGGCCGCGAGGCAAUAAAAAUAGCAAAUGAAGUUUCUUAGUUCAAGUGAUAAGUCUUUUUUUUAUUAUGUAUUGGAAGUGAGAGCAGCUGCAGGGUGCAGCCUAAAAGGUUUAAGUCAAGCCGAUAUAUAGUGUAUACCUUAAAUAUUCCUGAUACACAGUAGUUUUUGUUUUUCUUAACAAGGACCAAAUGUUGUUGGGAUGUGACGGCUACACCAUUCAGGAUCAAGAUUAAAACUGACAUCUGCAACAGUUAUCCAUCACUGACCUUUUCUAUAAGCUGAUUUAAAUAGAAAAGCAUUUUAUUUAACGAAGAGAGGGAAAAAAAAGUCUACCCUAAGGGGAUACUGCCUAGCUUGCCAUCGUUUGGACUCAAGUGGACAGUGGGGUCAUGUGGGUUAAACCACACAGAAGUUCACUGGUCUUGGUGAUCAAGAGAUUAAAAAAAUCCAUGCUCUCAUUAACUCUUAACCGCGUGACGGUACAAAAAUGAUAACGAAAGUCUGAUGUUGAAUGGAAAACAGGAAAUAAAACAGGGAAGAAGCUAGAGUUAUGUGAAUAAAAUUGAUACAAACCUCUGUUUAUGGCUAAAGAAAAUAUGCCAAUGUGAUUAUGUUGACUCACUGAAUAAACUUCAAUGAUUAAAUUCAAACAUGGUUACAUUUUUCACAUCCGUAAAGUUCACCGUCAACUCUCCUUUUCUAUUUUCCAAAGUAGUUAACUUUUUAGAGUUAACAACAGUACCAGAACUCACCAUUUCACAACGCCAAAUGAAUAAGAACCAAAUAAAACAAGGAACCUUGUCUAAUCUGUUUAAAUAAGAAAAUCGGUCAUGAUAACUCAUUGCAUCAUUCUCCACCUUUGCCUCAAGACACCAUUGAUUCAUUAAAAAAAUCCUCCUACCUUUGGCUCUCCAUUCCAUUAGUAUAUACAAAAUUGACUCACUAAUAAAUUUCACAAGCUCUGAGAUAAUUUGUUGACAGAUGUGAGCAAUGGGAAGCCCCACAAAAUUGGUAGCAAGCAGGGUAAUGUGGGUGCUAAUUAAGAGUCUGUGUCUUAACUGAGGUGGGUAGUAACGUGUUAGAUGUACUCUCUUACAUUUACUUGAGUAACUUUUUGAUAAAAAAUGUACUCCUAAGAGUAGUUUUAGUAAAGCCAUACUUUUCACUUUUACUUGAGUAGAUUUGUGAAUUAAAAAUGCUACUCUUACUCCUCUUUGGGCUACGCAAGAGUCAUUACAUUUUUCCUCUUCAUUCUACAGAUAAGAUUUUUUUUGCCAGCGAUGCCUCUACCAAUUUCACCAAUGAGACGUCGCAACAAUAAUCACAUGACUCCAUUACACCAAUCUGACGCAAGCUUGCCAAUCUACGAUCACACAAGCCUGUUCAAUCACGUGGCGUCUUUAAAGCACUGUAAAAAAAUGUAGUAGUUGACAUAGAGUGUUACCCUGAACAUGACUCGGAAGCGUGGAUUUAAACCUCUCUCCCAGUUUUUAUUUGGCACCGAUUGACCACGGAAAACCGGAGAUAUGAUCCUUUUAAUGUCCUAAUAGGAACUAUGAAGGUUGCACAUCACGUUGACGCUACUGCCCUUCUAUUCAAACUAGGAACUAUUUUCUCCACUAGAGGACACUCAUUCUGUUUGGACGAAUAAUGCUUAAUUUCUGUAGUUUUAUUUCUCUUGCCGGAAUUCAAUGUUUUUUGUUUUGUAUUUCUUUGGCUUAAUGUGGUUAUGUAAUGGUUUAUUGUACAGUAUCAUUAUAAUAACAGUUCA